AUGUGGUCUCUACCAAUUGCUGCACUUGCGCUCCUCUCACACAUGAUCGAAGCAUUCCCCACUCGCCGUCAUGAAGAACAUAAGCCUGUUUGUAUCAUUGGUGCUGGUCCUGCGGGACUUUCUGCCGCUGGACGACUUGAGCAGAAAGGCGUGAAGGCCAUCAUUUUCGACGAGCAAGAAGAGGUGGGUGGAAAGUGCCAGUCUUGGUACGACGACAAAGGCAUCUUCCAUCCGCUAGGCGCAGCAUUCCUGUCCAACGCAUCCUACACCGAGACGCUCAAAGUGCUCAGCCAGACUGAUGUGUCGCUUGAGCCUUUUGCGCUUGCCGGCGCUCGCCAGAUGUUUCGGUACAAUUUCACCGACGCGUUUAUCGAUGCGAACCCUGCACCUUCGUCGCAAUUUUUUGCAACUGUAGCGGCGGAAAUUCCGCGCUACGCUUCGCUUUGGAACCAACGCUUUGCGCCCAUUAGUGCGACUAACUACAAGAACGGUGUACCUCAGGAGCUUACAGUCUCCGGAUCAGAGUGGUUUCGCAUGAACAACUUCACCGCCCUUCCGCUGUUGCUCGUCAAUCCGGUUGCGCUCUACGGUUAUGGCGAUAUCAACAUAGUUCCAGCCCUCUACAUUCUGCAAUACUUUACCCCUGAUAUCCUCACCGCUUUUGUCGGGCUGCAUGAAGUAUACUACACAGACUUCCACAAGAUCUUCGUCGAGUAUACAAAGAAAGCGCUUUGCAAGACUACCAUUAAGACCUCUGCUGAGGUCCGCUGUGUCGACCGUUCCGGACACCGUCCGAUCAUCACUUACACGCAGCCAAGUGGAAACUAUGUCAGCUACCACAAGCAGGAAUGCUCAUCUGUCAUCUUCGCAUUCCCCCCAUCCAUCGCCAGCUUAGAGCGUGCAGGCGUUGACCUUUCCGAAGAAGAGUACGACACCUUCCGUAACGUCACGACGCACCAGUACUACUCUUCAGCUGUUGAGCUCGAGAUGCCGUUUAGUGUAAGCUACAUAGCAAACUCGACAAACGCUGCUGUACCACCACCCAAUCUGGGUGAACCAGUUGCCGUAUUGCGCCUCAGCCAGCAAUCCAACGUCUCUGUCGCGUGGUCUUGGGGUCCUUACGAGUACCAAACCGAAAAGGCGGGACGCGAUCUACUCAUCAAGAGCAUGUCUGCGCUGAACAAAGACCCGCGUAACGCAACCAAGCCGGCUGCGCCAUUCGGCGAAAACAACAUCAAAGCCUUCAAGAAGUGGGACUACUUCCCACACUUCGGCACCGAUGCGCUUCGCAGCGGCGCCUACGCCUCGCUCAACAAGCUCCAGGGCUGCAAGAAGAGCUACUGGGCCAGCGGCCUAAGUGGCAUGGAGAUUGUUGAAUGGGCAAUCCGUGGCGGCCAUGAAGUGGUCGAUACAUACUUCUAA